AUGAGGUCGGAACGCUCCUGGCUUGUCUCGAUGCUGCAAGCGUUGGCUUUCCUGCCAACUAUGGCUUUAAAAGAUUCACAUACAACUAAAAAGUUUUCCGAAGAACCAGAAUUUGAAAAACCAAUCGGAAACCACACAUUUUUCCUCGGACGAGAGGCUGUGCUCGGGUGUUCCGUGUUGAAUCUGGCCAAACAUAAAGUUGGCUGGCUUCGUGCUGAAGACCAAACGGUGCUAACAAUGCACGAAAGAGCAGUAUUAGGAUCCCGAUACGCUGUCACCCUAGACCCCCCGAGGACAUGGCAAUUACGGAUUCGGCCAUUGAGGGCUGAAGACAGAGGCUGUUACAUGUGUCAGAUUAACACCCAGCCCACAAUGACCUGGCAAAUUGGAUGCAUUGAUGUUUUCGUCCCUCCAGAUAUAGUCAGCGAUGAUACUUCGGGGGAUGUGUCAGUUCAAGAGUUGGAGAACGCAACGCUGACGUGCAAAGCCACUGGUCAUCCGCCCCCAAAAAUAACGUGGAGGAGAGAAGACCACGAACCAAUAUUACUGAAGAAACCCAACUCUAGGGAGUUUGAUAAAGUGGAAAGUUUCGUAGGCAGUUCUAUGCCCCUAUGGCGAGUGGAUAGAAGACAAAUGGGUGCAUUUCUAUGCAUCGCGUCGAACGACGUGCCGCCGGCUGUGAGCAAGCGCAUCACUCUUAACGUAAACUUUGCACCAACAGUGAAAGUGCCAAACCAGCUCUUGGGAGCGCCACUUGGGACUGAUGUGAAGCUCAAGUGCUAUGUGGAAGCCUAUCCUAAUACCAUCAACUAUUGGAUCAAAAAUAGGGGAGAGAUGUUGCUCGAUGGCCCAAAAUACACAAUACGCGAAGAAAAAUCAUCAUACAAGGUGUCAAUGUGGUUGACCAUUCGGCAAUUUGCGAAGAGUGAUAUCGGUACAUACAAUUGUGUCAGUACCAACUCGUUAGGCAAGAGUGAAGGUACUCUGCGCCUGUAUGAAAUUAAACUCAACUCGCCAGAGGACUUCAGCAAUCAAAUAAGCGUGGCCGGAGGUCUAACCGAAGCCGCCAAAGCAAAUUCACAAGAGAUAUUACACAUAACAAGGACAUUGUUAAUAAUCUAUUGUGUAUAUCUGUAUUUACUGUAG